UUAAAUCUCGUCGUCCCCCGUUUUCUCCUCUCCACCUUCCUCUGCCAUCUCUCUGUUCUCUCCUUUUCUCCCAUUUUCCCGCUCCAAAACAAGCAAGGGAAGGAAAGGCCGAGCCCCUGUUAUUCAUUUAUCGCCCUUCCUUCUUUCCUUCCUUCCUUCCUCCUCAAACCCUCCCCGACGGCGAUGUCGUUGCCCUGAGGAACAUCGACCGACCGACUUUAUUCGUCCCGACAAUCCUACCGCGAUGGUUCCCCAAUACUCUCCCUCUUCCUCUUCCUCGUCGCUUCUCGCUCUGCUCCUCGUGCUGCUGCUGGCGUUGGCUCCGUCAAUUACUGCCGUUGGGCUACUUAAGGUGCGCCACAAGUUUCUCGGCCGCAGGCAGGCCAUCGCCGAGCUCCGCACCCACGACAUCCACCGCCACAGCAGGAUCCUCGCCGCGGUCGAUAUCCCUAUCGGUGGCUCCGGCAUCCCCACCGACGCUGGGUUAUACUAUGCGGAAAUUGCGAUUGGGACUCCGCCCACCAACUUCCACGUGCAAGUCGACACAGGGAGCGACCUUCUUUGGGUGAAUUGCAUCUCGUGCGUGGAGUGCCCUAAGAAGAGCGAUCUUGGUUUUGAUUUGAUGUUAUAUGAUCCAAAGGCUUCUACAACUUCGAGGUUGGUUUCCUGUCAAGAUAAAUUUUGCCUAUCCACAUAUGGAGAUAUACCUGGUUGCUUUUCGAAUUUUCCAUGCGAGUAUAAAGUGGUUUAUGGUGAUGGGAGCACAACUGCGGGUCUUUUUAUCACAGACACUAUUGAGUAUAAUCAAGUAUCAAGUGGCCACCAAACUCAACUAGCUAAUGCAACUGUCACAUUUGGGUGUGGUGCUCAUCAAUCUGGGGAUUUGGGUACAAGGGUAUCACUUGAUGGAAUUCUUGGUUUUGGCCAGUCAAAUUCAUCCAUGAUCUCACAGCUUGCUGCUUCUGGUAAAUCUGGCAGGAUAUUUGCUCACUGUUUAGAUACAGUAAAUGGAGGUGGAAUUUUUAUCAUAGGACAUGUAGUAGAGCCUAAAGUGAAGACAACACCUUUGGUACCUGCGCAGCCACACUAUAAUGUUAAUAUGAAGGGAAUUGGAGUGGGUGGAGCUUUCUUACAACUUCCUACUUAUUUAUUUGACACUGGCGACGGGAAAGGGACCAUAAUUGAUAGCGGAACAACAAUGACUUAUCUACCAGACGAAGCCUACCAGGCAGUGAUGAAAGCAAUAUUUUCCAAUCAUCCGAAUUUGAGCUUCCACAACAUUCAAGGCUUUCUGUGCUUCCUAUAUUCUGGAAGUGUUGAUGAUGAAUUUCCAGAUGUUGUAUUUCAUUUUGAGAACUCACUUUUGCUGAAUGUAUAUCCUCAUGAUUAUCUUUUUCAAAACGGGGACGAUGAUUAUUGUGUUGGAUGGCAAAGCGGAGGUACCAUGCCUAGUGAUGGCAAGGAUAUGUUCCUUCUUGGAGAUUUAGUCCUAUCAAAUAAGUUAAUCGUCUAUGAUCUUGAGAACCAAGUCAUUGGAUGGACUGAAUACAAUUGUUCCUCAAGCAUCAAAGUCCAGGAAGGCAAGACUGCGACAACUUAUUCUGUGGAUGCUCAUAACAUUUCUUCUGGCAGAAGAUUGCAGCUGCAAAGUUCGACGGUAUUAUUGCUCCUAACCUAUCUUCUUCAUUGGAUUUAUUGAAUUUGACUAAAUUCGCCUCAUUCAUAUUCUUUAAAAAAAAACUGUCCCUUUGCUUUCUGGCUUCAACAUGACCCCUUUUUUUUCCUUUGAAGAAUUCAUUCCUCAGACCACAGGCAAUGAUAAUAGAUUUAUGUAUAUUAACAAAUUUUGAAGGAAAUAAUGUUGAUUUGCUUGAUGUUUGAUGAGUUGGAUGUCAUAAAUUUAUGUAGAAUGGGUUCUUUCAUUUCAAGUUUGUUUGUUAAUAUUGUUAUAAAUGUAUAAAAGAAACUAGGGCUUUGUUGCUUACGGUGUUUUCACCCAACAUUGUUGUCGCUUUGCAACCAUGUCUCUCUCCACCUAAGUUGGCUUCAUCGAGAUGUAAAUUUCACUAGAUGCACAUGGUUUAUAGUAUGGGUGCAAAUGAUUUGAGCAUGUUCGUGAGCUUUUCGAGUCGGCUUGAAAAAUAUUUGAUUCAUGUUCGAAACUAUCCAAUUCAAGCAACGGA